UUGCCCUUUUUAUACUUGUUUUCGUUAUUCCUUUAUUUUUUGAGCUUUCCCUUCAAAAACGAUUCCUCAGCGUCACCGGCACGUGUCUCGGUCGUUCGUUUCUGUUCAACUGCCCCUUUGCCCGCCAAUCACGACCUCCGGUCACGUGCCGAUCCUCAUUCUUGCUUCUUUUGUUUUUCAAGCUCCGCCAUGAGAGAACCUCAAUUUUUAGAUCUCUAAGUUCUCAAUCUGAAUCUGCAAUUUAGAUUUAGAUUUUGAAUUUAUAAUUUUAGGUAAUUUAAUACUUUCCGUUUUGGAGCUAUGGCGACGAGGAACCGGACGCUGAUAUUCAGGAAAUACAGGGAUGCGUUGAAGAGCGUUAGAGUCCCGGCGAGCUCGUCGUCGGCAUCGGCAUCUUCAGCGGUGGCGGGGACGAGCUCCGGGGGAGGACCGGUGAUUGAGAUGGUUAGUGCUUCGUUGCUCCAUCCGAAUCGGUCUUAUGCUCCUCUAAGUACCGAGGAUCCUGGCAAUUCAAGUAAGGGAGCAGUUACGGUGGGUCUACCGCCAGCUUGGGUAGAUGUGUCUGAAGAAAUAGCAGCAAAUGUGCAACGUGCUCGGACAAAAAUGGCUGAGUUAGCCAAGGCUCAUGCAAAGGCUUUGAUGCCUUCAUUUGGUGAUGGUAAAGAAGAUCAACGAAAUAUUGAGGCUCUUACGCAUGAGAUAACUAAUCUGUUGAAGAAAUCAGAGAAGAGAUUACAGCAACUCUCCGCGGCUGGACGUUCUGAGGAUUCAAAUGUCAGGAAAAAUGUUCAGCGUUCACUUGCCACUGACCUACAGAACCUUUCAAUGGAGCUUCGGAAAAAACAGUCAACUUACUUGAAGCGCCUCAGGCAGCAAAAAGAGGAGGGUCAGGAUGGAGUUGAUAUAGAGAUGAAUCUAAAUGGAAAUAGAUCUAAAGCAGAAGAUGAUGACUUGGAUGAUAUGGUAUUUAAUGAGCACCAGAUGGCAAAGCUAAAACGUAGUGAGGCAUUCACAGUUGAGAGGGAAAGGGAGAUCCAACAGGUUGUGGAGUCAGUAAAUGAGCUUGCGCAGAUUAUGAAGGAUCUGUCAGUUCUUGUGAUUGAUCAGGGCACCAUUGUUGAUCGGAUAGACUACAACAUUCAAAAUGUUGCAACUACGGUCGAAGAAGGCCUCAAACAGCUACAGAAGGCGGAGAGAACACAGAAACAAGGAGGGAUGGUGAUGUGUGCUACAGUUCUUGUUAUUAUGUGCUUUGUCAUGUUGGCCCUCCUAAUCCUCAAGGAGAUACUCUUUUGAUCUGCAAGAUGGUUUUUGCCUGACCAUUUUCCAUUUUGACCACGGUGUGAGACCAUUAUUUGACACGUUGAGGGUCAACAAUUUCCUUGCCAAGUAGAAGAAUGUGGGAAUUUUGAAUUUCCCCACAUACACAUACCACUUUAAAUGAUCAUAUUUACUUAUCUUCUUUUCACUUUUCUGUCUUUUGAAAAAUGCUGGGAAAAAAAAAACAAAAGGAGGGGAAGAGAGGGAAAGGCAGUUGUUUGACCAGGGUUUCGAGUACUGGAUAGGGAAAGGAUGCCCCAAAAUCUGUAUAGAGAGGUUACAAUGUAUUCUUUUCCUUCAGCAAGGAGAUGUAUUGAUUCUUUUAGACUCUUUGGGGAGUUUUUGAGCUGGUUCCCAUAUGAGGAGAUGACGCUUUGCGUAUUUACUUGUAACGAUUCUUUUGAUUUUGAAAAAAUGACAUAAAUCCAGUUUGUUAUGAUAUA